AUGCUCAAGACCAUCUAUACCUGCCGACAUGGCUUCCGCAUGAACUGGCAGGGCGCCGAACUCUUCCUCCCCACGGGCCGGCCGCGCGAUCCCGUCCUGACCGCCCACGGCCUCAAUCAGGCUCGCGACCUGGCGCGCUACAUCGCAUCGCUACCGCACGAAGAGCAGCCACAGCUCAUCAUCAGCUCGCCGUACUACCGCUGCCUACAGACGGCGCAGCCUACCGCCAAGCUGCUCGGUCUCGAGCUGGUCGCCGAACCGGGCCUCGCCGAGUGGUUCCCUCCGGCGCCCUUGUCGACCGGAGUCCACCCGGUCCCGGCCAGGGCGGCCACGAUGAAGGAGUUUGUGCCAACGCUCUCGCUCAGCUGGUCGCCGCUCCUCUAUCCGCCCGUCGAGGGCGAGACGAUACCGCAGCUCCAUGCUCGCGCCCGGAGGAUCCUCGAGCUGAUCCAGCAGCGGUGCGCGGAGCUCGGCGUGGAACGGGUCCUCCUCUGCAGCCAUGCCGCGACGCUCAUCGCCAUGGGCAGGGUCCUCCUUGAUGACGAUGGGGACGGCCAGCGGACCGUCGACAUCAACGUUGGCACCGCCACGCUCAGCAAGUACGUGCGCACCGCCAGCGACGCCAGCACUUGGAGGCAGGAGCUCAACGGCGACGGCAGCUUCCUCCCGCACGGCCCCGAGAGGAACUGGGAAUUUGCACACGUCCCUGACAAUGUCACAGAGCCGGGGAUGGGCGCGGGCUGGAUCGACCAGGAGCUGCCAGCGUCGGCAUCCACCGAGCGAGGCCGAGACCCCCCUCCGGAUCGGCCCAGCAAGCUGUGA